AUGAGGCUCAUUGUCUUCUUCGGCGUCGUCACCAGCCUGCUCCCAUCGGUCAUUGCUGUGUGUUGCAAACAGGCAGUUACCACUGCGGACGCGACUCCGUUUUUGAACGGGCUGCCGACACAGAUUCUUACAUGGGUGUGGACGAAGGAAACCCAGAUGUGGGUCGAGUGGUUCAAGUCGCACGACACGAACAAUGACGGUGUGAUCACUGUUGACGAAGCUGCUAAGCAGUGA